AGAAAUAUAGUAAACAAAAGCGUAUUGGUCUCCCCAAGGUAGAGUUGACUUUGGCCCUUGAGAGUGUUGGGUGGUUAUUAGUUGUCUCUUUUUAUUCAACGAUAAUAAUGGAGAGAAUUAGAUCAUCAUCAGAAAAAAUAAAAAUCAUGAAUCAAAACAUAAGCUCGUUCUUGAUCGGAAUAGUUGGGGCUACUUUUACGCUCGGGGCAUAUUCCCAAACAUGGAUGACUCCGACACAAAGCAUAACAAUGGGUCUUGUAACUCUCAUGUUUGGUCUCCUCGUCCGUGAAGGUUUCAUCUCACUUUAAAUUAUCCUUUUUAUUUUCCUAUAUGGUUAUGAUCAUCCUUUUUUCUAAUUCUAUGUUUUCUACUUAAUUUACUCUUUUUUGUCCUAGUGUGUAAUAAAUCAUAUUACAGAGCUUAUGUGGUUGAUCGAUUACUAAUUUUGUUAUUA